CAAGAAAUGGAAGAGAAAAUAAAGUCACAAAUGAAGUAUGAUAAAGAAAAAGGUGAGCAAAGAAGGUUGAAGCGCAUUGAAUUUAGACAAAGUCAAAAGAUGUGUUAUAAUUGCCGGGAAACUGGACACAAGAUGUCUGAAUGCACUAAAAUUAAAAAUGAACUAAUAGGAUCGACGGGUAUUUGUUUCAGAUGUGGUUCCUCGGAGCACGCAUUGUCCAAGUGUAACGCUCGUGUGUCGGACGGAAAAUUACCGUUCGCCAAGUGUUUUAUUUGUAAUAAAAUGGGUCAUCUGUCUCGAGACUGUCCUUCAAAUUCACACGGUCUCUAUCCAAAUGGUGGAUGCUGCAACCUGUGUGCAUCCAUUAAACAUUUGAGCAGAGAUUGCCCAGAGCGUAAAAAGUCCAAACGUAGCGCAGCGAAUUGUGAUAGCCCAAUAACAAGUUUGAAACGUUUAGACAAUAAAACGUCCGUUGACGAAGAUUUAACUUUCGACAAAGAUAAGACUGAUUCAAUUCCUAAAAAGAAAAUUAAAAAAGUUGUUACUUUUUAA